GGAUGAAGCUAGUGUGGGCCGUAUGAUGGUCUGACUGACAGGCCGGCCGCUCGAGACUCGACUUGUUAUGGAUAGCUCACUGCUUUUUGUCAACAAGACACAAACGUCCCGUAUCCUGUCCAGAAGCAAGGCUGGCGAACGGUCAGCCAUAUUGAGCCAUGUGCAGAGUAAACGACGCAGACACGAGGCGGAAACAUCGCAGAUAUCGAAACCAUGGGCUGGAUUCACCACCACCCUAUCGAAGUCGGAAGCCUCGGAAAUAUCAGAGACAGUUGAAGAAAAGUUGACAUUUUUUGUUGAUAAUGAUGAUUUGACAGCUCGGUCUGCCAAGUCAUUAGCAGUUAAUAAAAAGCAGAAACAGCAGCGAGAAGCGGCAGAAAAGAGACUCUCACUAGCAUAUGCAUCAUCCAAAUCUCUAUCAAAGGCCAUGCAGCCCUCUUACAAUGCUUCAGACCCAUUCCACUGCACCGUCGCUAAUCUCGAUGCUGGCACCCAUGCUAUCCUUCACAUUACCUUUUCUCACGCCUCACGAGUCAACUUCCUUGCCGAGUCAUUUGCCCCGCUGUCGACGCUGCUGCAGCAUGCCCCUAUGAGGCACGACAGAAUGUUUCAGCUGCGGCUAAAUCGCUGUGUUGAGGACCAAAAGCUCAUGUACUCGACUCUUGCAUAUGGAUCCAGUCUCUUGGGCUGGACCAUGGGCCGUUUCCACUCUAGCAAGCAGCCAGAAUACUUUCUCGACAAGGCUCUUCGUGCUGUGCGAGUCUAUCUUUCCACUCCCGGGUAUGUCGUCGACGAUUGGCUGCUUCUAUCCAUGUAUGGUCUCGCAAUUACAGAAAUGUGGAAUUGCUUGCCCAUUAUGUGGAGGCAGUUGCCAGAGAGGCACGCCAUGGCCUCCAAACAAGGAUCUCGAGGCUUUUCUGCAUGCCGAAUGCAUCUAAAGACACUACUCCAAGUUGUAGAUGACGCUGGAGGUUGGGAGCGAUUCGAUCCUUAUGUGCUGGACAGCGUGAUAUUGGCAGACAAAUUCAUGGCCAUUACCAGCCGUAAGCCGCCUGUUAUUCCCGCGACCUGGGAUCCAGGGCCACUUCCUUUUGCAACCCUAGAAGAGUGUGGAAUAACAGAAGAGGGACUGUUGACGAUAUUGCCUCGCCUUGGGACAGGCUUCUUCCAGGAGGCACUAUCAGAAGACCUCAAUCACACGCUGCAAGAUCUAGUUGCCUAUUGCCGUAUUGCCAGCACGGUGUGGUCGUACUCUUCGACCAGGCCCGACACAGAAGGCUGGUUAUUUCGACAAUCACAGUCGAUAUCGUAUCGAUUUCUCAUUUAUGCCCUAAAGCAGAACGCCAAUUACCUCGAACGCUGCACUUCGUUGGCUUCGCUGGCCUUUAUCCUUACUUCUAUUCCAGCCAGAGGCCCGCAAAUGAGCGCUCAGGAUGUAACCUCGCAUCUCUUUGAUUUGCUCCAAGAAGAGCAAUUUCUGGAAGAAAAGGUGAACAUGUCUGACGGCCUCUGGUUUUGGCUGCUGUUCAUGGGAUGUGUAGUUUCAGAGCCAAGCCCUCAUCGGUUGUGGUUCCUUGAGCGGAUGACUGACUAUUGCGACGGAGGAGAGAUGACAGAAUCGAAUUUUGAACAAAGACUGGAGCCGUAUUUAUUUCUGCCGUCGCGACAAGGUGCUCGGAUAUCGGCAGUGCUCGAGUAUUUGAACUCGAUGGCUACGGGGAGAUGGAAUCUUCAAGAAACCUUGUAGCUUGGAAGGAUGCGGCGCGUCUAGGGAUCUGAAGGAGCAUCAGUAAAGAGAACUUGUAAACAACAACGAAAAGAAAAUAACCUGCGUCUUGAACCAAAAAAACGCGAUUUCAAAUCAUCGUGUCUGCUGCAAAAGCGGUUAUUGCAAGUUGAAACCAACCUGGCCUCGACUUACGUAACAUCGGCCUCGGCGUCUUCUUCUCCGGAGCACAUCCUCUGAACAAAUUUACUUUCCCUCAAAAUAACCCAAAUAAUGUAUCUCUUCAUUUUCUUCAGAAACAAACCUAGCUGCUGAUUCAAUACACGUCCUUUUCAAGAAACCACAGUCGAUGCCCUUUUUCUGAUAUCCGGCAAGAUGACAGGCCUGCCGAGUCAUGCCUAGCAUUUACUCGAAUUCU